AUGACAGAGGUGCAGGUGCUCAACUACCGCUACAUUGGAACUGUCCACAUACCCCAUGCCCGCUGUAAGGAGAAAAGGCCUUCCCUCGAUUCCAACAUUUCACACACCACUCAAGAUCUGAACUCUGUCACGGACUCUCGUCGGACAUCAACAGAACUGAGAAAGACAUAUUCAGUCAGCCAUCCUAGAGAAGUUCGUGAUCAUCGCGACAUUCGAGAAAACAGAGACAGCAGGGAGAACAGAGAAAACAGGGAGAACAGAGAAAACAGGGAGAACAUAGAAAAUAGGGAGAACAGAGAGAACAGACCUCGCUCCAGCUCAGCAACUGACCUGGGCUUUAAAGUAUUGUACCAGAAAUAUGAUGAUGAAUUCCCAGAUCUACUGCUGGAGACCAGUCGAUGUGGUCAGACCCGCAUGGACUGGCUGGAUGAACCUGACCUUCAUAAACUGACUUCUUUAGCCCUCCUUGAGCUUGAUAUUCUCUUCACAGAGCACAAUAUUCAUCACCGGUGGAGAAAACUGAAAAAAAGGAAGCAAAGCAAAGAAGGUUAGAAUUACAAACUUAUUAUCACUUUAGUUUUACUAAUUCAGUGUAGAGCAAAAUUUAAAUUUAAAAAAAUUAUGGAGUGAAUUAAAG